CACACACUGUCUUACUGUAGCAGCAAACAAGCAAGCAAGCAGACAAGCACUCAAGCAAGCAGGCAGGCACGCUCAUUAUUAUCUGCAUUCUAUCCAGCAGGAAUCUAUUGAGAUUCCUGAGCAGUGAACGUACCGAGUCGCCACUGCAUGGGGGCUUGUUUGAGGAGUACCUGACUAAAGGACUGGUUUGUUCUUCUAACUGCAGGGGAGGGGGGACUGCUGCGGCAGCUCCACAAGAAAACACAAGGGACCACCGCCUGCUGGGGUUUUAUUUAUUUUUAUUUACCCCCUCCCUUUGCUUUUAAAGCUGAGCUUUUGUGUUUGUAUGUGCGCGUGUGUUUGUGUGUGUGUGUGUGUGUGUGUGUGUGUGUGCGAGUGUUUGCCUGUGGUGUUGUCCUCUUUUACCUGCCAGACCGUUUUUAAAAUUUGCUCUUAAAUUCCAAAUCUGUGCCACAUCGCUCUCUUUGGCUCUCAUUAUGCUGCGCUCCAAACCCCUGGCUAUUCUCCGCCUCUGCUAGGCAGUGGCAGCAUGGAUGGUGCUCCUGUGAGGAAGCGUACGGAUUCGAUCAGUCCACUGCGGAUGGGCAUGCUGAGUAAUCCUGCUGUAAAUGGGCGAGGACAUUGACACCCGGAAAAUCAACCACAGCUUUCUCCGAGACCACAACUAUGUGACUGAAGCUGAUAUCAUAUCCACAGUUGAGUUCAACCUGACGGGGGAGCUGCUGGCGACUGGGGACAAGGGGGGGCGUGUUGUUAUUUUCCAGAGGGAACCUGAGAGUAAAAAUGAGCCUAACUGCCAGGGGGAGUACAAUGUUUAUAGCACCUUUCAGAGCCAUGAACCUGAGUUCGAUUACCUGAAGAGUCUGGAAAUUGAGGAGAAGAUUAACAAAAUCAGGUGGCUGCCACAACAGAAUGCUGCUCACUUCCUUUUAUCAACCAAUGAUAAAACUAUUAAAUUAUGGAAAGUUAGUGAAAGAGAUAAGAGGCCGGAGGGAUACAACCUGAAAGAUGAAGAAGGGCGGCUUAAAGGUCUUUCAACAGUGACGUCCCUGCAGGUGCCAGUCCUGAUGCCCAUGGACCUGAUGGUGGAGGUGAGCCCCCGAAGAAUUUUCGCUAACGCUCACACCUACCACGUCAACUCCAUCUCCGUCAACAGCGAUUGUGAGACUUACAUGUCUGCUGAUGAUCUAAGGAUUAACCUCUGGCACUUGGGGAUCACAGACAGAAGCUUCAAUAUUGUGGACAUCAAGCCUGCCAACAUGGAGGAGCUGACGGAAGUCAUCACAGCUGCUGAGUUCCACCCCUACCACUGUAACCUCUUUGUUUACAGCAGCAGUAAAGGGACACUCCGGCUCUGUGACAUGAGAGCCUCCGCGCUGUGUGACAAACACUCCAAACUGUUCGAAGAGCCUGAAGAUCCUAGCAAUCGCUCCUUUUUCUCUGAAAUCAUCUCCUCGAUCUCCGACGUCAAGUUUAGCCACAGUGGACGCUACCUGUUAACAAGAGAUUACCUCACAGUCAACGUCUGGGACCUGAACAUGGAGAGCAAGCCCAUUGAAACUUAUCAGGUUCAUGAUUACCUCCGGAGCAAGCUUUGUUCUUUGUAUGAGAAUGACUGCAUCUUUGACAAGUUUGAAUGUGCUUGGAAUGGUACAGAUAGUGUAAUUAUGACUGGAGCCUACAACAACUUCUUCAGGAUGUUUGACCGCAACACGAAGCGAGAUGUGACUCUGGAGGCCUCCCGGGAGAGCAGCAAGCCCAGAGCUGUGCUGAAGCCCCGGCGUGUCUGCACUGGAGGAAAGCGCAGGAAAGACGAUAUUAGCGUGGACAGCUUAGAUUUUACCAAGAAGAUCUUGCAUACAGCCUGGCACCCGGCAGAGAACAUAAUUGCCAUCGCAGCAACAAACAAUCUGUACAUAUUUCAGGAUAAAGUCAGCUCAGAGAUGCACUAGGUAUCUAAAUGCGUGGAUCAUGUUCGGAAUGUUUGUCCCUCCCCCCGUCCCCUCUCUCCCUUCUCUCUCUCUCUCUCUCUAUUCUGUCGUGCUCUGGUUUUUCGAGCACUGCACUGUACCUGCCGAUAACCUUUCUCAAGGGUGUGUUAUCGUUGUGUUGGAAUUGUGGAUUGUGGUUCAUCACUAGUGUGUAUUGCUAUUGGUAAUUAUGGGCUUUUUAAAGCCAACAGGGUUGGGCUGAAAGUUUGCCUAAAACAAAAGUACAGAUGAUAUUGAUGAUGAUGAUGAUGAUAAUAAUAAUAAUAAUAAUAAUAAUAAUAAUAAUAAUAAUGUUACAAAUAAAUGCAUCUUUUUCUUGUUUGUGGCUAUUGUUUUAAAGUCGUAAUCACAGCUCUUUUUAAUUUCCUUUGUUUUUUUAUUGUGUAAGUAUAAGUUGACAUUUUUUGUAUAUUUUGCUAUCAAAUGGCAGGGGCCCAUAUUUAAUCACACUUUGCACCAAAGUAAACUGGUCUAGGACAAUUACCCUGGUGUGAAUGAAGAACUCCUGCUAUUCUAUUCACACCAUAGUACAUGAUUCUGCAUUGUAUACAGUGGAACACAAGCACGACAAACAGAAAUUGAAUGUGGAAAUCUUCAUAGUACUGUACACAGUACAUGCAGUCACAACCUUUGUGUGAGAGAAAAUAUCACUAUGUAAAUGUUUCAUGCAAAUCCAGUUUGAGUACUCUGAAUAUUUGAAUUGAGAAUCAGAAAAGCAGAUGACCUUCAUUUCAAAAUCGACCAGAAUUGCUCCUUAAUGCAGUCUGUGAAGUUGUCUCUACAUCUUUUAGGUCCAGUAUGUAUGCAACAAAAUCUGCACUUAUUGCUGAUGUUUUGAAAUGGAGGGGGAAAAAACAUAAAGUUAGUGUUGAUAAUGCCACAAACAAUAGUAUUCACUACUGGGCUAUACAUUUACCAGUGUGCAUUCUACAUUACAUACUGUACCAUCUUUAUAUGAAGUUAACUGAACAAGGUUCUGCCUCCUAGUCUUCUUUUGUGUCUGGGUGUGAAAUGUGAUGGUACUGUUACAUUAAAAUAAGCAGUGGAUGUUGAUGAGAGUGGAACAAGAUGAAAGGUACACAGAUAUCCCAAUCCCUUUUCUGAGGGGUACUGACAUCCUUUGAAGCAUAUCUACAUUAACUGUUGUACCGUGGAGAGAACCACCAUCCUAUCUUUAGUAAGACUACUGUAUGAAUAUGUGAGAAAGAGAAAUUAAAAGUCCCAAGGUCAGAAUGUUGUCUUGGAACAUUCAGAUUCCUGCAUCUAUUAUGGUAUACAGUACCAUUGUUUUCAUAAAACACCAAAUUUAUUAAAACUGAUUAAGGUUUCCUUUGGUACUUUACAUCCAUUCCCAACUCCUUUAGGGCAAUUACCAUUAGGCUUUUUUUUAUUAUAUCAUUACAAUGCUGUGACAUUAAAGUGUCUGCAAUAUUGUACAGGAAGAGGACUGGCUUAAUGCAGGAGGUAACACAUGUUGGUGCUGUUUGAGUGACUGAAUGUAUGUCUUAGUAAAACCUCAUUUGUUUUGUAAAUGUAUGCUAAAUGAAGUUUAUAAGCAGGAAGUAAUGACACUAGUCUUAACAGAAAAUUAACUGCAAUUGAAUAUUCAACAGUAUAAUAUUGUAUUCUUAACACGCAGCCUUCACAAAAGCUUUUAAAUAAGGCAAGAUCAGUGGCUGUAUUUUAAAGGUCAAAACACAAUAUUAAGCCCUCCCACUUUGCAACAAGAACCUUUGCAAUAGGAAGCUGCAUGAUAGAUCUGUUUUUAGACUUGUGGCUGCUUUUUUUUGACUCAUAAGAACAUGCUGUACAAUGGCUUGCAGAGAACACGCUCAACACACACUACAAUUAAACCUUGAAGCACAAAAGCAUGCUUACCAUUGUUCAGUAUUACGAUGUACAUUUGUAAUGCCUAAAGAUGUUUUAACGAGAAAAAAGAGAAUGAGGAAUGUUUAUUAAUACUGUACUCGAAAAAAUAAAUACAGAAAAUACAAAAGGGUGAAUGGAACUAUUUACAUGUAUAUAUUGUUCAUUGUCUUUACAGUAACCUAAUGAGAUUUCUUUUCUGUAACAAAAAUAAAUACAUUUUUAGGAGCGUGGUAAGUUGUACAUAGAGCAAGACAGUACAAUCAUAUUGAAACCAUUGACCAUCAACCAUGUGGUUUUGAAAUAUUUUGCCAAUUAACUUAAAUUUAAAAACAAACCUCCCUCAAGAUGGCUUGAAGAGCCCCGAUAUACAGUCAGCUAUAAAAUGAUGUCAUAAUCUGCACAUUAGUCAUUGAUGCUGUUGCCAGAUAUACUAGUGUAACCCCAGGCUGUGUCUUUAGUGUUACCUAAAUUAACAUCACAGUGUCCCGACCAGUUACCUCCUUAAUGUAUGUUGCAACUUGUAUUCUAUGUGGUAUUUUCCAAAAUAACUUGGUAUGCAGCAACUGCAAUGUAGUGAAUGUCAAUGAGAGAAUGAAAAGUUCUCUCAGGGGUCUCAGAUAUUUUUCCUUUCGUCACCCCAUAUAAAAGCUUGUAAAACCACUGAUUUCUGUUUGAAACUUUCUUCCUGCUUUUGUUCAUGUUAUUAUUUUUGUUUUUGUUCUUGUAAUUUUUAGUACAAAAUCUGUCAAAUAAAGGAUUAUAAAUAUGUUAAUAUGAGUUUUCAAAUAAAGAUUUCAACAAAAUUGUA